AUGGGGCCACCAUGGCUUCAUCCCGUGCAGGCAUCUACCAAAGAGAUCAAUGACUCUCAAGCAACGCUAUGUCCCAAGCCUCCAUGGAUGAUGCACUCGCCAGGAUCCAGUGACCCCGGCAUCGAUCCCCAGAUCGACAGGAUCCCCAUGGAGGUGUGCCCACACGGCAAUGGCAGUCAGGCCGUGGGGAUAUUACAGCCCUUCAAUGCCGUCACGCCCGAGAUUUCUGAGAAGCCGUCGGCGGCGUCGUCCGACUCUAGAGAUUCGGUGCUUGAGCAGCCCGGGGAGAGCGAGGGUUCUUGGUGGAUGAGUAUGGUGCACAACUUCACACCUUCAUGGUAUUCCAUGACCAUGGCCACCGGCAUGGCCGCUUUGAUCUUGCACGCUCUCCCCUACCAGAACCAGACCGUUACUGUGCUGUACACGAUAAUAUUUGUCCUUGAUGUUUUCAUGUUCGUUGUCAUCUCCAUUCUUGCAAUCUUGCGGUAUACGCUGUAUCCGGAAACAUUGGGAAUGAUGUUGCGACAUCCCGUCCAAUCGCUUUUCCUGGGCUGUUGUCCAAUGGGCUUGACCACCGUCAUCAACAUGUUUGUCUUCGUGUGUAUCGAAAAUGCAGGCUGGGGCAAAUGGGCUUCCGAUCUUGCUUGGGCUUUGUGGUGGAUUGAUGUGGUGAUGGCGGUAGCCUGCUCUUGUGGACUGCCCUUCUUGCUUAUGCACGUGCACCAAGUGGACCUGCCCUCGAUGACGGCGGUAUGGCUGCUUCCUGCGGCUACUCCAAUCGUAACAGCUUCAAACGGAGCAACUAUAGCGUCCAUGUUGGCAAGCACGAACCAACAGCACGCCCUUUGGACCUUGAUGGUCAGCUACGUUCUGUGGGGCAUCGGCUUCCCCAUGGCUGUCGUGACUCUGGGCAUCUAUCUACAUCGCUUGACGAUGCACAAACUGCCUCCGCGGGAAGUCAUUAUUACUGUCUUCAUACCCGUUGGCCCGCUCGGUCAGGCCAGUUUCACCAUAAUGAACUUGGGUAAAAUGGCGUUGGAGUUGUUUCCCGAGACCGGCUCCAUCCACCCGCUGGCAGGUGGCGUCUUUUACGUUGUCGGUUUCGGCACGGCGAUAAUUCUUUGGGGAUUCGGUCUCGUCUGGUUGGUCUUCGCUGUUGCUUCAGUGACUCGCUCCAGGUUCCCCUUCAACAUGGGGUGGUGGGGAUUCACCUUCCCAACUGGUGUUUAUGUUCUGGCAACGCUGCAACUGGGAGUCGAGUUUCCGUCCGCCUUCUUUGACGUUCUUGGGACCGUUAUGGCGGUGAUCGUUGUCCUGAUUUGGUUCCUUGUCGCAGUCAUAACUCUACAGAGGAAUCUGAUCGGGGAUAUCAACUUUGCACCUUGUUUUUUGAGCUCCAGAAGAGUACGGCAGAAUAGAGAGAUAUCCGACAGAGUUUAG